GCCUGGAGAGGCACGAAAAGCUGCUUGCAAGCAAAUUCUUGGCCUAGCCCGGGGCAGAAAUGGCUGCAUGUGGCCGAGGGCUCUGCAGGGCCGUGGGCGCCUCUCCCCGCCCGGCUUGGAGACGAGCUCACUCCGACGCCCGGGGACGUCUGAAACCGGAGUACGAUGCGGUGGUAAUAGGAGCAGGACACAACGGGCUGGUGGCUGCGGCAUACCUGCAGAGACUGGGGGUGAACACGGCAGUCUUCGAGCGACGCCACGUGAUCGGGGGUGCAGCUGUCACAGAGGAAAUAAUCCCAGGGUUUAAGUUCUCCCGAGCAUCCUACCUCCUCAGCCUGCUACGACCGCAGAUUUACGCCGACCUGGAGCUGAAGAAACACGGGCUGAGGCUUCAUCUUCGAAACCCCCACUCAUUCACACCUAUGCUGGAAGAGGGCACAGCGGGCAAGGUGCCCAGGUCCCUUCUGCUGGGCACAGACAUGGCAGAAAACCAGAAGCAGAUUGCCCAGUUCUCACGGAAGGAUGCCCAGGCCUUUCCCAAAUAUGAGGCCUUCAUGAAUCGCUUGGCGUUAGCCAUUGACCCUCUGCUGGACGCAGCCCCGGUGGACAUGGAGGCCUUCCAGCGGGGCUCCCUGCUGCAGAGGCUCAAGUCGCUCUCCACCCUCAAGCCCCUGUUGCAGGCGGGUCGCAUCCUGGGAGCCCAGCUGCCCCAGUAUUACCAGGUCCUCACAGCUCCAGCUGUCAAGGUGCUGGAUCAGUGGUUUGAGUCUGAGCCUCUAAAAGCUACUCUAGCAACGGAUGCUGUGAUUGGAGCCAUGACAAGUCCCUACAUUCCGGGGAGUGGGUAUGUGUUACUCCAUCACGUGAUGGGGGGUCUGGAGGGGAUGCGGGGGGCCUGGGGCUACGUCCAGGGUGGCAUGGGUGCCCUCUCCGACGCCAUCGCAAGCUCAGCCACCGCACACGGAGCAAGUGUCUUCACUGAAAAGACAGUGGCUAAGGUGCAGGUGAGCAGUGGAGGGCGCGUUCAAGGAGUCGUGCUGCAAGACGGCUCGGAGGUGAGGAGCAAAGUGGUGCUGUCCAACGCGUCGCCACAGAUCACCUUCCUGAAGCUGACGCCACAGGAGUGGCUUCCUGAGGAGUUUGUGGAGAGAAUCUCCCAGCUGGACACCCAGUCGCCUGUUACCAAGAUCAAUGUGGCUGUCGACAGGCUGCCUGACUUCCUGGCGGCCCCCAAUGCUCCCAAGGGCCAGCCGCUGCCCCAUCACCAGUGCUCCAUCCACCUCAACUGUGAGGACACCCUCCUUCUCCAUCGGGCUUUUGAAGACGCCAUGGAUGGCCUGCCUUCCCACAGACCUAUGAUUGAGCUCUGCAUCCCUUCCUCGCUGGACCCCACGCUGGCUCCCCCCGGCUGCCACGUCAUCUCCCUCUUCACUCAGUACACGCCCUACACGCUGGCUGCAGGCAAGGCCUGGGACGAGCAGGAGAGAAACGCUCACGCAGACAGAGUGUGUGAUUGCAUUGAGGCCUAUGCCCCUGGCUUCAAGCGCUCCGUGGUGGGCAGAGACAUCCUCACACCCCCUGACUUGGAGAGAGUCUUUGGGCUUCCUGGGGGGAAUAUAUUCCACUGCGCCAUGGCCCUGGACCAGCUGUACUUUGCCCGCCCUGUGCCCCUGCACUCCAGCUACCGCUGCCCUGUCCAGGGCCUGUAUCUCUGCGGAAGUGGGGCCCAUCCUGGAGGAGGUGUCAUGGGAGCCGCUGGACGCAAUGCAGCUCACGUGGUCUUUAGGGACCUCAGGAGCAUGUGACCCCAAACCAAGUCUGACCCAGGAAGAUGAAUUCACCCUUGAGAUGUUAAGUCUCCAUUGGGUCAGCUUCCCAGGAUAUGGCUUGAGGCAGGCAAGUCCUCAAGGCUCAAGCCACUACUCUAGAGAAAACGUACAAGUUACAUUGGGUCCUAGUUAACCUUGCAUCUAUGGCUUCUUGAAUGAACUGGUUUUGUUUUAUAUCGAUAGUUUGCAUUUUUCUGUGUAUUAGUACAAUAGGUAAUAUGUUAUAACCGGAUGGGAUAAACUGGUCUGGGAUACUCAGUAAUCUCACAACAUCAGCUCCAAACAGUCCGUCUGAUCAACAAGCAUCCUCUCCACACUGUUGGGCCCCCUCUACCAGCUGAUUGAAGGACUGCCCUGGGGAGGCCCAGUCUACUGCCGUCACAUUUCUGGCAAACUGUAUAAGAAAGGACACAAUUCCCCAGUGCCCUACAAAGUCACCCACAGGGGCCUUGGCCUGAGCAGUGCAUGCCUCUCAGGCCGUCAAAACCGCCAGAGUCAGAGUGAGUGCGAGGUGGGUGUAGCUGAGGGCCAUCUGGGGACCCACAUUCCCAGUUCUGGAGAUUCAACCUCUUACUUCCCAUGAGCGAGCCAUACCUGUCACAUCACUAAAAUCUUUCCACAUAAACCUAUGUUAUUCUGAA